CAAGUCUCCAUCUCUAACUAACCUGAAAUAUUAUAUGCUCUCCAGCCUUGUCUCUGUUUCUCUCUCUCUCUCUCUCUAUCUCUCUCUCUCUCAACCAACUCCGAUCUCUUUUAUCUCCAAUUCACGUCCAAUCUCUCUGCUCCAUCACCGUUUAAAUCUCUCAAAGUUGUACUCCUCUACAAAAUUAUCUACUCAAUGAAUUAAAAAUGGUAUGCUCUCUCAGUCUCUGCAUCAUCAACCAAUAAGUUUGUGUAAUUGUAAAAGUCUUGACAUUUUCAUUCAAGAUUAUUUCUUUUUGAAUCUGGUUUCUUUUUCUUGAGAUUUGAUGGAUGCCCAUUUUGUUUUUCUAUCAUCUCUCUAGUGUGGUGUGGUUAAAAAUGGCUUUGAGCAAGGAUUUUUGAGGUUCUGGAUUGGUGUAUAUUUGUAAUGCUGUUGUUAUACUUUGAAACUAUUGUGAUUUUUUGAGAUUGAUGUUGGUUUUGUUUUGUCUUUGUUGAUACGAUAAUGUCUGGUUCAGUGGUUCUUUGAUUGAUACUAUGGUGGGUUUGAACUUCGAAGUGCUUUCACAUUGGAAAGUCGGGUUCUUGGAGGAUCAUGAAAUGGGAAAUUGAGAGUCCUUUUUUUGUUAGAAUGAGAAUUGUUUGUUGAUUAUUGGUAGUAUGGUUGAGUGAGGUAAUGUCUACUUUUAAUAGGAGUAAGUCAAUAAACCAGAGGACCUUGGGUGUUGGAACCCCAAGAACUGCUAGUUUCGGAAGCCCCAGAGUAAAAUUGACCUCAGUCUCGCAUUGGUUUCGAUGGCUUGUUGUGAUUGGAGCUUUGUUUCCAUUUUCUAUUGCCAUUGCUGGAGGUUACUUUUAUCUUCUUCCAAGUCUCACUCAAGCAUUUCAGGGUUUUGGUACUUCCAAGCUCAAUGAUUCGAUGGAAGAAUGCAAUCUCUUUGAUGGAAAUUGGGUUUUCGAUGAGAGUUACCCUUUAUACAAUGCUUCAGAAUGUCCUUUUGCAGAACAAGGAUUCAAUUGCUUAGGGAAUGGAAGGAGAGAUGAGGAUUAUCUUAGAUGGAGGUGGAAACCCAAGAGGUGUGAUAUUCCACGAUUCAAUGUACAUGAUAUUUUGGAAAGGCUUCGAAAUAAGAGGGUUGUAUUUGUUGGUGAUUCUAUGAGUAGAACACAGUGGGAAUCAUUAAUAUGUUUGCUCAUGACUGGAGUGGAGGAUAAAAACAGUGUUUAUGAAGUCAACAAUCAUAACAUAACAAAACGGAUUAGAUUUUUAAGUGUCCGAUUCAACUCCUUUAAUUUCACAGUCGAGUUCUUUCGCUCGGUUUUCUUGGUGCAGCAUGUUUGGAUGCCUAGACAUGUGCCAAGGAGGGUUAGGUCGACACUUAAACUGGACAAGUUGGACGAUAUUAGCAACCAGUGGGUAAAUUCGGAUAUUCUCAUAUUCAACACAGGACAUUGGUGGGUGCCUGAGAAGCUCUUUGAAACGGGCUGCUAUUUCCAAGUUGCAAAUACUGUAAGACUUGGAAUGUCAAUUCCCGUUGCCUUCAGAAUUGCACUGGACACUUGGGCAUCAUGGGUUGAGAAAAUGAUUGACACAAAUAGAACACAUGUCUUCUUUCGGACAUAUGAGCCAUCUCACUGGAGUGAACAAUCUCAUAGGCUUUGCAAUAUGUCCAAUAUUCCAAUCUCAGAAGCAGGAGGCAAGGACAGAAGUGUAUUUUCAGACACAAUAUUGGAAGCGGUAAAAAAUCUGACAGUUCCUAUAACUGUACUCCAUAUAACCUCCAUGUCAGCUCUCAGGAGUGAUGCACAUGUGGGCAAGUGGAAUGGCAAUCCAUCUAUACCUGAUUGUAGCCAUUGGUGCCUACCUGGAGUACCAGAUAUGUGGAACGAAAUUUUACUGUCGUACCUGCUAUCCCUGUCAUGAGCUUCCUCUCAGAUUAAUUGCAGCGGAAUGAACAUUCUGCUAGAAAACUGGAGAAACAGGAGCAGGAAUUUAUGCUCUGCGUUGUCACUUGCCUAGUCUUAAUUUUUGCACUUGCUGCCCAACAACAUAAACAUUCUCUGACGAUGAAAACCCAGUCUCCAAUAUAAAAACAGGGAAUUAAUCACCACAAAAGCUCCCAUUUCAGUUAUUGAUGGCAAAUUUUCCGUAGAAAUAAAAGGUGGGGGGGCAUGCACUUAGAACAAUGUUUCAAGUUGAUUUUCUUUCCUCGUUGCAGAUUGAAAAGUGUACAUUUACUACCUGUCAAGUCAGCCACACCCCACCUCUGGUCCACGAGCAGCUCUGGUGUGAAUUGUGAAGCCAGAAGAAUUGGGAAUAUUUGGUCUGGGCUUUCUCGCAGUUUCUACUUGUUAUCUUUUGUUUACUGAAGUUAUGUUGCAAUACUGAUUUUGCACCUGGUGUUUUGAUGAAAGUGUAGGUUACACAGAAAAUACAGUUUUGAAGAGAAACCAAUUUGUUCAUUCUUUUUGCAAAUUUUUGGUUGUUGGGAAGGGGCUGAAAUCUGGUCUCCAAUGUAUAACAAUUUUGUCCACCUUGUAGUAAAAAUGAUGGUUCUGGUUUUUGUUUCUUGAACAAAAUGGAAAAGGGAAAGUGAUGAAAUAGAAAUUCUCUAUUGUAUUUGUCAA